GCCCCGAGAGAACAGCUGCCGGCGGGGCGGUGUGAGCCUCUCCGUUUGGGGGGGGGCGGGUGUCUUCUGCUUGGAUGGGGCGGGAGGGGCAGCAGUCAAAAGGCUCCCGGGAGGGCGGCCAUCUAUUUGUGCUGGGCUUCCAAGGAAUAGUCGGAGUUCACCCGACAAAGCAGUCAUCACGGACGGAGGGAAAAGCAUACCUUAAAGUGGAAGGACCCGGUGCACUGGAGCAACGGGAAGUAACGGAGGUGGCGGUUUAGGAGGGCGGGGGAGAGUGGCCACAUAGGAGUAGUCCGGACUCAAGGAGCCUUGAACGUCAAACCAAGCAAGGGAGGACCCGUGGAGGGGACGUGGCUAGGAAGCCAUAGAUGGUAACAGCACGGUGAGACACGAGGACCCCCUCAAACUAGAGCUCGGUGAACGGAAAGAGGUGGCGUAGCAGUUCAGAGGCAUCCGCGGGACGCCUGAAAGGAGUCGGAGAGUGAAGGGGGCAGUGUGGUACUCCACAUUACAUCAUCCAUUUCGGCCCCAGUGCACCUCCCACACUCACGCCUUCCCUCAGCACCUUAACACCAGUAGAGUACCUACUGUAUGCUGCAGAUUUUCAAGCAUUUAAGAGUAUAAUGGGGGGGGGGCUACCCACGAAAAGUUGAAUUCUUGGAGUAGAGUGAUAGAAAGUGUGUUUCUGUGCUCUUGUGAUUUCCCUUGGGUCUGGGGGCCCUGAUACCAGCACCAACCAGCACUGCUAGUGUCCUGGGCCCAGUACCCUCUCGAGCAAACUUGCUGGUAAGGAGCAGGGCUGGGCUUUGAGUCAUGGUACAGAGCAUAGCCCUUGACUAAGUCAAAGGCCUCCACAGAUCAGAUCGCCACAGAGAAGGUGAGGGGACAGAAUAGGCUUUGGGAAUUGAGAGGACCAGUGAGUCUCAGGGCACCUGCCAGAAGCAUUUUUCUGGGACCACACUAAUGGGGCAGGUCCUAUGCCUGCUAAAACCCUCAGAGGCUAUAGCCAGGCCUGAGCAGGGUGUGCUAGCCCCCUCACCCACCCAUCCUGAGCCUCCACUUUCUUCCUACUAGAGUACCCCUCCUCCACUCAGGCCAACCCCCACCUGCCCCAGGGAACAUCUGUUUCUAUGUAGACUAAGCCUCAGGGCCCUGUGGCCACCUGGGAAGCCUUCCUGUGUGCUCACACAACACACCUGCUCUCACUCCUGUCCAGGUGAAGCCAGAUGGUCCUUGCCUGCUCCCCUGGUCAGGAACUAUGACCCAUGAAGCCAUAUCCUCAAGGCCUGGCCCCAAGAGGUGUCCAGUAAACCCCUCUGGCUAGGAGGCCUCUUCCUCCACACACACAUACCCAGGACCACUGUCCAAGUGCCCCAGAAGAACGAGGGGCAUGCUCCUGGGUAGCAACCUUCAGAGUUUGGACCCAGUGGACCAAAAGAGGAGAAGGGAGGCAACCCUGCCUCCAAAGAGUCCUCUGGGGCCAGGGAGGUCCAACUCACCUAGGGCCAGUGAGGUGCACAAUAAAUGAGAGCUCCCACUGUUAACAGGCACCAGGGAGGGGAGGAAAGGUACCUCCAAGGCCUUGGGAAUCUACUGGGGCCCUGCAGCAGCCCCUGGGAAAACUCCCUGAAUUAACUGUGUCCCUAUUUUUUUCCUGAGGUUUCCUCCAGGAAGCCCUCCAACCACCAUCUAGGUCCAGGAAGCUGCUCAGCCUUGAACUCUGGGCAGGCCCCACCCAUUCUUGGCAGGUCAACUUUGGGUAAAUCGACUCCUUCAGCUAUUAAAUUGGGAGCCUGAAGCCCAGCCCAGCCCAGAGAGGAUAAAGUAACCUUAGGUCACAGGCCCCUUCCAAAGGCUUUUCCUUCCAACUUGUAGGGGGUACUUUAGGCAACCCAAGGGUGAGGAAUGAGGCCUGGGUGGCCGCCUGCAGCCCCCAAUGGAAUCUUCCCUGCCCCUCCCUUCCAGAUUAACUGAAACCUGCUAAUUGUGGCAGCCCUCUACACACUCCCCUCCCCCACCGCCGAUUCCUCCCUCCCUUUGCCUCCCCUCCCCUCCCCCUUCCAUCCGAAUGAUAAAGGGUCUGGCCCGCCAGACCCGCCGGCUUCAGGCCCCCAGCCUUGCCUCACCACACUGCCCCAUUGCCUUGCCUUGCCUCCACGGGCCGGGCCCUUGCCCACGUUGCGUGCCUCCCCUGCAUGGGGCCCUGCAGCAACCCACGCCUGGGGCUUCCUGGGUCCGAGUCGUCUUCCCAGCCCCCCAAGAGGAGGAAGAAGAGAUACCUGCGGCAUGACAAGCCCCCCUACACCUACUUGGCCAUGAUUGCCUUGGUGAUCCAGGCCGCACCCUCCCGCAGGCUGAAGCUGGCCCAGGACGACUAUGAAGGCUGGAAGGAUUCCAUCCGCCACAACCUCUCCUCCAACCGAUGCUUCCGCAAGGUGCCUAAAGAUCCAGCGAAGCCCCAGGCCAAGGGCAACUUCUGGGCAGUCGACGUGAGCCUGAUCCCGGCCGAGGCGCUGCGGCUGCAGAACACGGCCCUGUGUCGGCGCUGGCAGACCAGGGGUGCGCGGGGAGCCUUCGCCAAAGACCUGGGCCCCUAUGUGUUGCACGGCUGGCCCUACCGGCCGCCCAGUCCCCAACCGCAGCCCAGUCCCCAGCCGCAGCCCAGUCCCCAGGCAACACCCAGUGAGGGCUUCAGCAUAAAGUCUUUGCUAGGGGACCCCAGAGAGGGGGCACCACGAAGCAGCCCAGGUUUGGCAAGCUCUGGGCACAGUGGGGAGAAGGUGAUGCCCACUCCACCCCUGCCCUCUGAGAGGCCUCUGUGGCCCCUCUGCCCCCUUCCUGGGCCCAGGAGAGCAGAUGCGGAGACUCCCCAGGGGGGAACCAGCAGGCCCUCGCCCCUCUCCCCUGAGCACAGAGCCUGGCCCCUCCACUUACUGCAGGGUUCUCCAGAUCCUGGGGGACUGUCCGGCGGGAGUCCUAGGGCCUCACUUUGGGGGCAGCUGCCCACCUCUUACUUGCCCAUCUACACUCCCAAUGUGGUAAUGCCCUUAGCUCCACUGCCGUCCACAACCUGUCCCCAGUGCCCACCUUCAACUAGCUCAGCAUACUGGGGGGUAGCCCCUGAAACUCACGGCCCCCCAGGGCUGCUUUGGGAUCUAGAUGCCCUCUUCCAGGGGGUGCCACCCAACAAGAGCAUCUAUGAUGUGUGGGUUAGCCACUCCCGGGAUCCAGCUACCUCCACCCCAGGCUGGCUACUCUCCUGGUACAGCCUGUGAAGCUCCCAGGGGAGGGGAGUUUUCCUCUCCUAUCC